UCGUUUUAAUCGCUCACACGGUAUAAGAAAUAAAAGCAUAAAAUAGAGUACACGCGAAAAAAAACACGCAGAUAAGUAGCAUCCUAUAUGGCUACCGCGAAAGUCUUUGUGGGCAGCCUGCCGCCAGGCUGCAAGCCCGAGGAGCUGCGACAUUUGUUCACAAAUUAUGGCGUGGUAGUUGAGUGCGAUAUUAUGAACCGUUGUGGAUUUGUGCACUUAGAGACCAUUGAAAUGGCCGAAGCAGCCAUAGCAGCUCUCAACGGCGUUGAAUUCAAAGGGCAGGCCAUAGUUGUCGAGCCGGGCAGACCCAAAGACCGACGUGGUGGCGGUGCUGGAGGUGGUGGUGGUGGUGGUGGAGCAGGCAGCGGUGCCGGCAAUCGCAGACCGAUGCAAGGACGUGGAGGUAGCACUUUCAAUCGUGGCAGCCAUACGGCUGGCAAUAAUUUUCGAUCAUCUGGUGGUAAUCGGUCAUCCAGUUCAAAUGGUAGUCAAUUCGGACCAAUACGAAAUGAGGGGCAGUUUAGACAGCAGCGCAAUGCACCCUAUAGCAAGGGCUUGCCACAGCAUAACCAAAAUUUUGAUGGCCCAACGCAGCCAUUUAAAAACAAAUUUAGCCAAGGCAUGACUCACAAUGAUUACUAUGCAAAUAGUUCCGUUGGGGCUGGAGCUGGUGGAAGUCACAGGAGUGGUGGAUCAUCAAGUCAUAAUAUUGGACAAGAUCGUCGGGGCUUUGCACUGCCCGCUGUCGACCAUCAUCAUCAUCAUCCACAGCAGCAGCAGCAGCAUCAUCAUCAUCAUAAUCAUCAAGUCCCUUUUGCCUCAAAGCAAAGUCGCUUUGGCAACAGUCCGAUGGUGCCCAGUGGAGGCAAUGCCGAAGCUGGUGGCAUGUAUCAGCGCAACCGUAACAAUUCUGUCAUGAACAGUGGCAGCACGCAAGGCGGCGGUCGCGUUGGAUUCAAUGCAAAUCGUGGCGGUUUCGGUGGCCGUGGUAGUGGCUUCAAUGGUCGGCGCGGCGGUGCCAGCAGUAGCAGUAGUGGCAGCAGCAGCAUGUCACAACAUUUUAACAAACACGGACCAGCAAACAACAGUCACCAUAGCCACAAUCGCAAUGCAGCGAAUGCAUAUCAUUCAGAUUUUCCGCCCUUGGGUGUGCCAGGCAAUCGAAAUCGUUUUAAUGGACCAAAUAUGAGCGGCAAUAGAAGAUUCUGAAGUUAAAAUCAUUCUCCCCCUGUAUGUGACUUUUAAACAAUGACCCCAUGUAAUCUAAGUGGACGCUAACAUAAUAGCCGAAUUUUGUUUUCCAAUAACUACGCUCGUGCAACAUCUUAAGUUAAGACAUAAAGUGUGAAAGAAGAUAUUUUUUAUUUUAAUAACAAGAACGCGUUAUCCGUAAGACCGAACCAAUCAAUCAGUAUAUUUGUUAAUUGUAAUCAUUAAGUGUGCAAAACAAUAUUUAAUUAUUUUAGCAAUGUGCAAAUAGUGUGACAUGUUCUUCCCAAAUGGCCGACGACUUACGAUAUUAUCAAUACAAAUAUCAAACU